GCUGGCGAUGAACAUGGGUUUCAUUUUCUUCCUUUAUUAGCCUCUUCAGGUUUUACUCGUACGUUUUAAAUGGAUAAAUAGAAAGGAUACCCUGUACACGGAAAAUACACAUGCAGAUCGAGCUCUACCCCACCUUUUGUCUCCUUCAAUCUCUUAAUUUUCUUGCAUUAGAGGCAACUAGGCAAGGAAGCGUAAGGGGUUUCGUUUUCUUCCUUUAUUAGGAUAUUCAGAUUUUUCUUCUGCAAUUAGAUGUGAAAACUGAAAGGGAUAGCCUACACAUGGAAGAAAACACAGAGCGAAGCCCCCCAUCUUUUGUCACCUUCGAUCCAAUCUCUUCAUUUUUCUUCUAGUACAGACAAGAAAGAGUAACCCAUCUCUCUCUCUCUCUCUCUCUCAUAGAUUAAAAAAAAUUCUCAUUUUUUUUAUCUUCUCCGGUGAUUUUCUCCAGAAUGAGGAGUAUAGCAUCUUGUUACAGUGAACAUGCCAUUAAGGUAUCCGAUUCAUAUUGUUCAGGCCCUUCAAAUCAGCCUAACAUCUCUUCAAAACUCACCCCUUCAAUCCCAAAUGCAGUAACAUGUAUGUACAAAGCAAAACUCUCAACACAAAAGCAGCUCCUGAUCACGCUUACUUGGUGCAACAGCCUUAUGGGCCAAGGCUUCGUGAUUGACGUCGGUGACAACACCUCAUCCUCCCCUUCCAAAUUGAAUUCCAUUUCUCGGCGAAUGCAAAUGAAUAAAGGCUCCCAAACAUUCCAAUCUUGCAGCUCAAAAAUUGAAGUCUUCUGGGAUAUUUCUAAAGCUAAUUAUGAUGCCGGGCCGGAGCCGAUCAACGGGUUUUAUGUCAUGGUUUUGGCUGACUCAGAAGUUAGUCUACGCCUUGGAGACAAUGAUGAAACAGAAACCCGACAAGCAAAAUUCUCGUUGGUUUCUAGGAACGAGCACUUCUCUGGUAAUGCUGUUUAUUCAACGAAGGCGCAAUUCUGUGAUUCAGGAGCAGCUCACGACAUCUUGAUCAAGUGUAUCAGAGAAGAAGGAUCAAGGAGUCCGGUACUAUCUGUUUGCAUCGACAAGAAGAAGAUUUUUCAAGUGAAGAGAUUAAGGUGGAAUUUUAGAGGGAACCAAGCCAUUUUUUUAGAUGGUUUGCUGGUGGAUAUGAUGUGGGAUGUUCAUGAUUGGCUCUUCAAUCCAACAUCUGGGUAUGCUGUUUUCAUGUUCAGGACUAGGAGUGGGUUGGAUAGCAGGCUGUGGUUAGAAGAGAAGAAUUUGGAAGAGAAGGAACAAGACAAGGUUGGAUUUUCUUUGUUGAUCUGUGCCUGGAAGAACCCUGGCUGAUCGAUUCUUUUUUUGGUAUUUUUUUUUUUUUUUCGGUUUGUUUUUAAUUUUACUUUUGAAGAAAGAAAAUUCUAUUAACACUAAUUAAAGUUGAUUUCUUAAUUGUUUAAAUGAUUUUAACAGCUGAAAGAAGAUAAAUGGUUAAUCUUCUGGUUAUGGGAAAGAUGCUUUACUUGUACUGGGAAAAACUGUUUAUGUAUUGAUGUGAGUUGUGGUUGUGGUUGUGGUUCUUACGGUUGUACAGAUUCUGAUUGUAUAUGAAACAUCUUCUUGAAUA